AUGCCAGCCCGAAGAAGAGCUUCCGCGGUCUGGGGCUUCAGCCUCCUGAUUGCAGUGCUCCUUGCCGGCCGCCAGCAGGCUUUCCUAGCAACACAGCGAGGGAGAUCGCUGGCGCUGCGUGCAGCCGCAGAUGAAGGAGUUCCGUCCGACGAGCCCCGCCGUCGUGACCCGAUGUCCGGCGGGAUCCAAGAUGGGAUGCGCAGCAAGCUGAUGGAGGAGGCCAAAUCUCUUGGUGAUGAGGAGACUCCAAUCUCUGCCGGUUUUGGCAAUCCGUAUUUACUGGCCAUCAUCGUGAUCCUCAUCCUGGGCGUCGCAUCGUACUUCCAAUUGGGCUUAGACAAGGUGGCGUCUGUGAAAUCGACUGACGCGGGCGACAAGGACUGCGAAGCUGAACGUUGGUCGGAUGAAGCAGGUCGGAGACGGAACCUGUUCAAUGCCGAAUGGAUGGCAGGGCGAGAGGAGCAAUGUGAGAGCGGGCGUUUGCAAGAGGAGUGCGCAGUUUGGGGGCGCUUCGUGCUAACGCGUGGCACGUUGACUGCGGCGUGCUGCCAAAGCUCUGGGAUGGCAGGGGCGCACUGCGCAGCAGAGCGUGCUGGUCAUGCAGGUCAUAUUGGGUUGCCGGAGUUGGACAUCGUCAGUGGCAGCGAAGUGGAGAAAUUGAAGACGACACCUCCAGGAGGCAUGGCCGCACAAGAGAAGGAUGGGCAGAGCCGGCUCAAAAAGCUGCAAAAGGUCAUCAAGGAUGCAUUUAGUUGUUUCGAUAAGCAGCAGAAGUGGUUGAUCGAGCAGGAUGAGGUGGGUGUCGUGAUGCGAUACCUUGGUCAGUUUCCCAGCGAGUCCGACCUGAAGGAGACGAUCAUCCCUGAACUUCUGGAAGAGGAUCCAUCGAAAGAUGGAAUGAUUUCCUUCGAAGCCUUUGAACGACUGAUGCUGAGGUGUUUGAGUGAUCACACCUACGAUCCCGACGACUCCGAGACGCUCUUGGCCGCCUUCCGGGUGCUAGAUCCACAAGGCCAUGGCUACAUUGACUCCAACUUGAUGCACGAGUGGUUGUCCACGAAGGGAGGUAAGGCCAGUGACUUCUUCAAAGAAAGAGAAACUUCCGAUUUCUUGGAGUAUGCGAAAGACAAGGAUAGCUCUGAUUCAAGUCGCAUCUACUACGAGGACUAUGUGGCCAAGCUCAAUGCGGACAUUGAAAAGCACCUGGAAAAUCUCUACCAGGCGGCUCGAGGAACCGGAGCCCGAGCUCAGUGA